AUGCUGCCCAAAGUCCAUUGCCCCAUUGCUUGCUUUACUGGCAAUGAGCAAAGAGGAGUUAACAAGGCUAAAGGCAGCAAAUUACUUCCCUGGCCACAAAGGCUCACAGCACCACCACCUUGCCUGAAGGAGCUUGGAAUUAGUUCAAACAAAUUUUCUGAAGACAAUGACAUUUGGCAUUCUAGAGUAAUUCAAUAUUGGAAGCACAUGAAGUCUGAGAUACGAAAGGAUUCCUUUAGAAAUGUUAUGGAUAUGAGUGCUAACCUUGGAGGAUUUGCAGCAUCUCUGAAGAAAAAGGAUGUCUGGGUAAUGAAUGUAGUUCCUUUCACGGAAUCUGGAAAGCUGAAGGUUAUAUACGAUCGUGGUUUAAUGGGGACUACCCACGAUUGGUGUGAAUCAUUCUCCACAUACCCGCGCACCUACGACCUCCUUCACGCCUGGCUCCUAUUUUCUGAGAUAGAGAAGCAGGGAUGUAGCCUGGAGGAUCUUCUGAUUGAGAUGGACCGCAUCCUGAGGCCUUAUGGGCACGCCAUCAUCAGAGACAAAGCUGCUGUCGUUAACUACAUCAAGAAGCUUUUACCAGCGCUAAGGUGGGAUGACUGGACAUUUGAGGUGAGACCUAAGAAAGAUGCGCUCACAACAGGUGACGAAAGAGUCUUGAUCGUGAGGAAAAAGCUCUGGAAUCAGUCGUUGCAAGAUCCGUCGUAG